GGGAGAGAGGCGCCCAGUCUUGGCUUUUCCUUACUGCAGCUGGGCUGGAGCCCCCGUUUGUGAAAUCAGCCCAGCCACAGGCAAACUCCGCCCGCGAGCAGCUCCGCGCUCCGGAGGAAAGUUGAACGCAGCAGCUGGGGUGUUGCAUGGGCUGCUCCUCCAGCCACUCCCGUCGGGGGGGAGGAUUCAUGACUUGGGAAGGGAGGGGACGUGUCUUCCCGAGCCGGAUCCGCAAGAGCGCCGCAAAAACUCUCGGGAGCGGAGGCUCUGAUCUCCCGGCGCCAGCGGCCAGGCUCCGGGGGCUGCGGGACCCUGCCCCGGAAUAUGCCUGAUCUCCAGCCGCUCAUCUGCCUUCAGCGCGCCAGGCUUUGGGAUCGGAGGUAGUUUUGCCAUGUUUGCCAGGACGGCGCUUCAGCUCGCUCUGUGGCUGCAAGUUGCGCUGGGGCAGAGUCUACCUAAGAGAGGUCUCCAGCCCUUCAUCCCAGACUCAGAAGGGGACCUCCUCUUCCUGCUGGACAGCUCUGGCAGUGUCUCCUACUACGAGUUCUCUAGGGUCAAGGAGUUCCUCAGGGACCUCCUGCGACCCUUCACCUUUGGCCCCAGUGACGUCCAGACCAGCAUCAUCCACAUCAGCACGGUGCCCACCAUAGAGUUCCCCUUCGACCGGUACUUGUCCAGUGGGGCAGUGCAACAGGCCAUCCGGGACACGCAGCAGCUGAUGGGGGACACCAACACGGGCAAAGCCCUCUCCUUCGCCAAGGAGAAGUUCUUCACGGACGAAGCUGGCGCCCGGGCGGAUGUGCCCAAGGUGCUGGUGUGGGUGACCGAUGGCUUCUCUACUGAUGAUAUCUCCCAGCCCAUUCAGCUGCUGAAGGACAUGGGGGUCACGGUCUUCAUCAUCAGCACUGGACGGGGGAACUACCUGGAGCUUUCGGCAGCUGCCAGCCAGCCUACUAAGAAGCACUUGUACUUUGUGGACGUGGAUGACAUGCCCAUCAUCACCAAGGAGCUGAGGAACGCCAUCAUAGAUGUUAUCCGAGCCAAGCGGCUCCGCGCUGUGGAGAUCACCUCCAGCAGCUUCCGUCUGACGUGGCCAAGGCUCCUCUCCAGCGACACCGGCUACUACGUGCUGGAGUACGCCCCUGCGGACGACCCGAGGAGGAAGCUGGUGAAGCAGGUGUCCGGGGAUCACACCGGCCUCUUCCUGAGCGAUCUCUCGCCAGACACCACCUACGAGGUCGUGCUCGUUCCAGAGUCCAACGAGCACUAUAUCCCUCCGCAAACCACCAGGGUCACCACGCUGGAAGAGGAAAUCAGCCCAACUCAGGUUCUCAUCUCGGAGUCCAAGCCGCACAGCUUCCGCGUCAGCUGGGCUCCCACGCCGGACAGUGUGGGGAGCUACCAGGUGCUGUACGGGCCGCUGCCUGGCAAUUCAGCUAAGCUGCUGGAAGUGGAUGGGGCGCACAACAGCACGGUAGUGGAGAACCUGGCCCCCAACACCACCUACUUGGUGACGGUGGCGGCCAUCUAUAAAUCGGGGAAGGAGAAAGCCCUGUCGGCCAAAGCUUGCACGCAGGAAGAGAGCUCCAAGGUGAGGCACCUGCGUUUCGAGGACAUGGGCCCCAACACCCUGAAGGCCUCCUGGGACUCGGCCGACGGGCCAGUCCUCGGUUACCGGGUGAGGUGCCGGCGGCAGACGGGCCCCUCGUCGCUCCUCAGCGUCUCGCCGCAGAUCCACAGCGUGCUCCUGACGGACCUGGCCUCGGGCACUGCCAACAAAGUGUGCGUGAAGCCCAUGUACAGGAACCAGCCAGGGAAGGGGCUGUGCCGCAUGGUUCACAUGCAGCAUGCCACAGCAGCACAAGGAUACAAGCACAGACGGAGCGCGUGAGGGACACUGGACUGAACUGUUCCCCUACAGCGCGAGGGGAAAGGAUUGGACAAGGAUGAAUAGGGGGACCUCACCGAUCAGCUCCCAUCCUGCGUUACCCCUUGAGGUGUGUGGUUCCCCCUAGCUGUUGUCAAGCCCACAGAUUCCUGAAACUGUAACGUGCGACCCCCAGCUUAUCAAACGGCUUGGCUGGCUGGAGCAAGCGGACGGGCUGAUGGAUCCCAGCCAUGCAAUGGGUGCGGGUUAAAAAUUGUGCUAUCCUUUCGUAUGUUCCUACGCCUGAAAAAUUAGCGACGAAAAGACAAAGUGGGAAAUCUUAACCGUUGUUUGCUUCCUGUUUUUUAUUCAUUUUCUGUCUUGUUUUGGUUUUUGCAGAGUAUAAGUGGCCUUGCACUGAUCACAAGUGGCUGGGAGCCACAUUGAUCCCUGGUGUAUAACUCCAUAGAAGCUGUUGGAGUUAGACCAGGGGUGAAUUGUGCCCAGUGAGAUCAAUGGGUUUGGGAGGCAGAUCUAGGUAUUGUGACAGGGAAUACGGUAGGACUGCAAAGAACAGAUUCACCUAAUGAAUAGCACCUUCCAUCCAAACAUCCCAGAUGUUCAAUGAGCAUCGCAACGGGGCUCCCAUCAUCCAUCCCUGAAGUGAAGCCACCUCUGAUGUGGAAGGACAGAGCCUUUAAAGGUGCUUAGAAUAUGCAGGGAUGAUCCAGCUAGAAGAAUCAUUUGGGGACAGGAGAGAAGAGGAGAUGCAAAAACCCAUCUGGAGUUUGGCCAGGACACAGUGGUUAACUCCCUGACUCUUAUAAAGCGCCCCGGGGUAUUUAAUAACCACAACCAGUCCAGACCUUGAUUUAUGUCUCUCUCCGAAGACUGGCAGUCUUUGCGUGAUUAACUCCCAGGAAUGGAGCAGCAGGGUUGUUCCAGGUCAAGGUUGACAUGCAUUGGCAGAACUGUGUGAAGGAAGCUCAUAUAGGGCUUGCCUCGUCAACACGGCUUCAGUCUCUCACUUCCGGGGAUACUAAACCACCACCCCCAAAAUAAUCUGCUCAGAAAUGAAGGGAUUUCAGGAAAUCGUGCUUCCCCCCUCCCCUCCCAACAGAUACCAGAUUAUACCCUUUUCUGCCUUCCACUGGGAUCAGAAGCAGCAUGUCAUGGGCACCGAAAGGCCAGUUGAGGUGACCAUUUUUCUUUCUCUCUCACACACACACCCCACAAGCAGCCAGCAACAUAGUUGGUGCUAGUUUGGCCCAGCAGGUGGAAGAUCCAGGGCAACCUGGAUCAGGGAGAUUAAUUUAUUUUCAUGCCCUAGACGUGUGCCGUUUGAAUGAGUUUGAGUCCCAUCGGCAGGGCCAUAGAGGGGAAGCUUGCGCUGUUGGCGCCGCUACCUGUUCACAGUCUCCAGGAACCUUUCCCCACCACUAUAGUCAUAUCAAAAACUUUUUCAAAUAGCUGCUGCCCUGCCUCAAAUCCGGCACUGCAUGUAAAAGGAGAUCGCUGUGGGAGGAACACCGCUUAGCUGUUUUCUCGCCCUCCAGGUUUGGUCCUGCUGCCUUUUCAGGAUGGGAAGGUGUGUAGGGGGAAAUGAGGCUGCUGAUCAUUUUAGUACCUAGUGAAAAUGUCAUUUUGGAUGUGCAGUUCCACCCGCCAGGGCGUAGGGUGUGAAGGAGAUGUACAUACUUCUCUGUGCCCGAGGGCGCAGCGCCUACGUGCAUGUAUUCUCCUAGAAACGCUUACUCUGUUUGGUGUUCAUUGCUUAUUUAACCUGCACGUGAAGCAUUUUAAUAGCUGUCCUGUAUGUCUGGGAAGCCAUGUGCUAGAUCCUGCAAGCCCUUCAGGAGCCUGAUUCUGGGAGUUUUGCCAUUGACUUGAUUGGGCCCGAUGUGUUGAACUCCAACUGGGUGGCUUCCAUGGGACAGAGACCUUGGGCGGGCCCUUCGCACAGAGAUGACUGUCACCCAUUGACUCCAGCAGGAAAGCUUACAGGGCCUGGGUUCUCCUUUGGGAGGUGCAUGUGUAAUUGACUAACAUUAAGGUUACACUUGCAUCAAGGGGAAGAUACAGCUUCCUGAAUCUUUCAUGCAGUAAAAUGUAAAAGCAUCUUGUUUGUUCUUGCUGUAAGACGGAGAUCGUUUAAUUUUGCGCAACUCCCCAGUGUAACUUACUAUGCGUUAACAUUGUCUUCCCUCGACUGUAAUGCGUUCUUUUGAAGACAGUAAAUUAAAAAUACAAGAUCUAUUGAGUUGGA